AUGUGGUGGACCGCUGACAACUGGUCGACAGGAAUGAGCUUCUUAUUCUCUACAUUCCUGUCCAUAAAUAUUUUAACUUCUUGUGCAAAACACCCUGAAGGAGAUGAAAACGUAAUAACUACGGAAGUUACGAAGCCUCGAGGCCAUGUGAAGCAACUCAGGAAAGGGGUUAAAACUGUACAGAAUGAGAUUAAAACAGAGCAGAGUGACACGCGUUCAGAUUCGGGCCACAAACAUGCCACUAAUCCAGGCAAAAGCAAAGAAGCAGACCAGAGAACCAGACCGUUUGGAGAAGAGAAGCUGCACACAGAGGUUUCCCUGGGCCUCCUGUCCGAAUAUGAGCCAGCUAAAGCGAAGAAAGCAAGCAAUAAGCGUUGCAACAAGAACGAGAACGAAUGUCCUGUGAAACCACACAAGCGGAAACAACCGCACGUAGAUAAGAAGCGAGACAAGAAUCACAAAAUAAAAAGGCAUAGAAUAAAGAAGUCAGCAAAGAAAAAGAAACGUAGAAGGAGGAAAAAAAGAGCAGAGAACCUAAUGCAAAAACAAGUGGUCAACUUGGCAACUGCUAAGGAGAUUGAAAAAGAAAAACAGGUGUCUGAUGAAGUCGUCAUUUCGCACGAAAGAAAUCAGCAGCAGGAGUAUGAAAACGAAGAUUCCGACACACUCAAAGGAGUAGAAAGCAUCCAUGAUGAGGAACCGGCUUCAGCCGAACCUCAAAAGGUUGAGACUAAGUCCGACACCACUUAA